UUCACCGCCGCAAUCACCUUCUUCCCCUUCUCAUUUCCUCUUUCUCUAAACCCUUGAUUUUCCCUCUGCAAAUUCGAUCUCCAUUUCCAUUCCCAUUUCCAAAGUUUUCAUCUUUUGCCCCUCAACCCUUCUCUUUUCCCUUCAAUUCCCUCAACAAUGUUCGUCAAUAAGCUUCUAACCCGUAUCUCCAGAACCGUUUCCAGAACCUCCCUUCUCUCUGCUUCGCAAAGACCCCAACAAUUCCAUUCCCUCCUUCCCCAAUCACCCAACAAGCUGAUUUCAGCUCAAGCAAAUUUGUUAUGUCCAACAAUAAGUUCCUUAACUCCAAGAUUUGGAUUUUCUUCAUCACCCACAACUGAAACUAAUGAAAAAGAAAAAGAGAACCAUCAGCAUAAUGGCAGUUCUUCAACUGAUGACCCAAUAAAAACAAGUGAAGAGGCCAAGAAAGUUGAUCAGGAUGGACAAGCUAAGCCUGUAGAUGAAACAACAGAAUCAGGUUCUAUUUCAGAUUCUCAGUCUCAAACUGUCAAAAGAAGGAGCAGGGGUAUUAAACGAACUGCAUUUUCUGAUUCAGAUUCAGAUUUCGAUUCAGAGAGUGAAUGUGAUCUUUCCAGGGAAGAUUUAAUUAAGCUUGUGUCUGAGAAGGAAGAACUUUUGAAGUUAAAGCACAAAGAUAUUGAGAAAAUGCACGAUAAAGUUCUGCGUACUUAUGCAGAGAUGGAGAAUAUCAAGGACAGGACUAGACGUGAAGCAGAGAAUUCAAAAAAAUUUGCUAUACAGAAUUUUGCAAAGAGCUUACUAGAUGUUGCGGAUAAUUUGGGAAGAGCUUCAUCAGUUGUAAAAGAAAGUUUUUCAAAAAUUGAUUCGUCGAGUGACUCUGCUGAAGCGGUAAAACUCCUGAAAACACUUAUGGAAGGUGUGGAAAUGACUGAGAAACAACUUUCAGAGGUACUUAAAAAGUUCGGUGUAGAAAAAAUUGACCCUAUAAAUGAGCCAUUUGAUCCACAUAGGCAUAAUGCCAUCUUCCAAAUCCCUGAUGGUUCCAAGCCUCCAGGCACUGUUGCAGCUGUUCUGAAGGCAGGAUAUGUGCUUCAUGAUCGUGUUAUUCGUCCAGCAGAAGUUGGUGUGACUCAAGCAGUAGAAGACAAUCCAACGGAGUAAUGGAGAAGAUAGUAUAGCUGGUAAGGACUCAUGAUAAGGGGAUUCUGGAGUGGCUUCUUAUUGAAGAUUUUCCAAUGUUUAUUUCAAUUAUGUAUCUUCAGAAGCAUUAUGAUCUGCUCUCCUUGACACUACCUCUACUUUCCAUGCCUUUAACCUGCAUGCAACUGAGUAUUCUUAUAAACUAGUGUCUCUAGAGUAACAUGAUACCAUAAGGUGGGAUUAAUUCCAACAGAUCUUGGUUGUAUUAUACUCUUUAUACAGAUUCAUUGUAAUAAUUUUUUUAGUAGUGGGACUCUGAUAUGUUGUGUUGUCUUACACAA